AUGCAUCAGGAGCACACCGAAGCUCUGCGUAAGCAGUGGAAGGAGCGCACCACCCCACAGACCACAACCCGCCAAUCAACCCCUGCGGAAGAGAUGGUUCUCAUGGUGGCCUCAUCAGCCACCGCAGAGCCCACAAAACCAGAUGCAAACAUGAAGGUUGCCCAGCCUAUUCUAGUUGUUCUAUUCAUAAGCAGUGGCAUAUGGUGUCAAGACCAAGAAUAUUUAGCACGGUUAGAAUACUUUUAUGAAUGCCCGAAAGAGUGCCAAUGCCCUGGUAGAUUUUCUAACGCCCUGUACUGUGACAGCAAAAACCUCAGAGAGAUGCCCUUGGUACCAUCAAGGGUCUUGUAUGCGUACCUUCAAAACAAUCUCAUUGAUGCGAUUUCAGAGAAGUCCUUCAAAAACGGAACUCAAUUGAAGUGGCUAAACUUGAAUAAAAAUAUGAUCACAAGCAACAACAUAGCUAAAGGUCUAUUUAAGAAAAUGGAAAACCUGCUCUACCUGUAUCUUGAAGAUAAUAACCUGGAAGAAGUGCCUUCCCCCCUGCCAAGCAGCCUAGAACAACUUCGGCUAGCCAGGAACAAGAUCUCCAGCAUACCUGAGCGAGCUUUCUCAAACCUGGAGAAGCUGACGAUGCUUGACCUGCAGAGCAACAGAUUGAAAAACUUUGUCAUUCAGCCAAAUACAUUUAAAGGACUGAAGACGUUACUACAGCUCAAUCUGGCCCAAAAUGACCUCACGGCAAUGCCUGAGCAGGUGCCCGUUUCGACCCUGCAACUCUAUUUGGACAAUAACUCCAUCAAAGAGAUACCAUUGGACUACUUCAGAAGCCUGCCGAAACUGUCCUUUGUCAGGCUAAAUCACAAUGAGAUUUCUGAUACCGGAAUUCCUGAAACUGUUUUUAAUGUGUCGUCCAUAAUAGACUUGCAGCUGUCGUACAAUCAACUCACGUCAGUCCCUCUCAUUCAUUUCAGACUGCAACACUUACACCUGGACCACAACCAAAUCAAACAGAUUAACGGAGCUCAAAUCUGCCCUGUACCUGUCAACACAAUUUAUCAGAGGCCCGUGGGAGAACAUCACCCCCAACUUCGUUAUCUCCGUCUUGACGGCAAUGGAAUUAAACCACCCAUUCCACUUGAGCUCAUGAUGUGCUUUAGGCUCCUUUCUGCAAUUGUGAUAUAAAAGAGAGUAAACCUGCUCUCCAAUUCAAUUCUGUGAGAGUGGAAGAGAAAACGCAAGUCUUGCUGGUCUAGGACUUGUAGAUUGAG